CACCCCCACCCCUCCCAAACCCAACCACAAGAAACGUAUUUUUUCUCCAAUUGUUAUUUAGGUCAUCAUGUUUAAUUUGUCAUUUAUUUAUUCUAAACAUGUCAAGCCUGAAAUCGGACAUUUCUGUUUUCAUACAGUCUUCGGCAAUACAUAUUUUGGAAAUACAUCUUUUUUGGCAAUUCAUUUUUUUUGCCUACAUCUACAUCUCUUGUAACAGACAUAGUUAUUGCUGGCAAUAUAUGACAGUAGCAUCGAUCUUAUAUACGGUUACCGGAAAUUCGAUCGAAAGAAAUUUCGUCGACGGUAAAUUGAUCGG